AUUCAAAAGAUCGUGGUCGUCCCGUUAAUUGGGACACCUAUAUAAAGAACCAGAGGCCUCCAUUGUUGAUGCGCUCAAUAACCAUUACAAAGCUUCAACAGCUCUCUCUAUAAUUCUCGCUAUUUUCUCUCUCUAGAUUAUUACAAUGGCGUUCAAGAAAACCCUAGCCGAGCGCCUGUUCAACAUCUCCAAGGCGUCGACCCAAACCCUCAGAAACUGCCGGAUUUCGUCGUCGGCGGUCCACACCCGACCCGCUCCCAAGCCCCGCGAGACCAGAAUCGCCCCCGACCCUGGAGACAAUGCCAUUUUCCGGAGGUUCCUCCACAAGAGAUCGUCGGCGGGGAAUUUCCAGAAGCAGGAGAUCUGGUCUUUGCCGAUGGGGGCAAACCUGAUGGAGAAGCUCAAAGUCGUGGCCAUUGGCCGGGACCGGAUCCGAUUGGACGGUUUGGCCCCGCCGGAACCCGAGUGGAAGAGCUCGCCGAUGGAGAAAUCGGGAUUGACGACGGAGGAAACGAAGAAACUGCUGAGGGUGGCCCAGCUGGAAGCCGUGAAAUCGAAGCUUCGAGAAGUCCAGAAAAGCUGGGUGUCGUAUCCGGAGUUUGUUGGGAUCUGCCGGGAAGGUUGCGCGGAUCCGGAUAUGGGUAUCGGGUUUGCGAAAUCGUUGGACGAAAACGGUUCCGUGAUCGUAUUGGGAAAUUCCGUUUGCUUGAGGCCUGAACAGAUAGCCAAAGCAAUCCAGGAACUAAUUCCUAUUCCAGGAACAAGAACCAACUCCAAUGAUCCCAGGAUUAGGGAAUUGGAAGACAUGGAGAGGCACAAGUUUGAGAUAGACCGAAAGGCGGAGUCCCUUGUUCGAAAGGAGCUUUUGUGCGGUCUUGGCUAUUUGGUUGUCUCCACAGCCGGAUUCAUGAGGCUCACAUUCUGGGAACUCUCAUGGGACGUCAUGGAACCCAUUUGCUUCUUCGUUACUUCAAUGUACUUCAUAGCUGGAUACGCCUUCUUUCUCAGGACCCGGAAAGAGCCCUCUUUCGAAGGGUUUCGCCAGAUUCGAUUUGAGGCUAAGCAGAAGCGCCUCAUGAAGCUUGAGAACUUCGAUGUCGGAAGGUAUGACGAGCUUCGUAAAGCAUGUUGUCCCUACUCAUCGGCUUCAUCAGAAAUGACCCUGUCAACUGCUUUUGAUGGGGCAAAGAGGAUGCAAUUUGGUUCACUACAUAGUUAAAUGAAAAAUACAUAAGCAACAGAACAAAAAAAUAACAAUAUGAAUCAUUGGAAAACCCCAAUUUUGUUUUAACACCCACAGAAUUUAACUUUAGCAAUUUAGUGACCGGCUUUAUGUAAACAAUGAUGUGGAGAGUGUUUAGGUCUCUAGUUCUUGAUCAGUUUACCCGAAAUCAUGAUUUACAAGUUACAACUAUGAAUUGAAGUUGUAAUUCUUUUAUUUAAUUUGUUUUUUUU